AUGGCUGGGACCGCUGUCGAGGACAGUAAAGAGGACUUCAAGGUCUUGGGGUACCUCCCUGAGGUUCAAUCGGGAGAGCAUAUGAGCGGAGAUUCUGCUGCAAUUUCAAAGAAGCCAGGAGGAACGUAUUCUCCGGAAAUGGAGAAUGCGUUACGUGUAAUCCCACCAAAGCCUUAUACAGAUAUUUUGGUACAACACUAUAUCCGUGAAACGAACUCGCAGUACUAUUGCCUAUAUCCACCCAUGUUCCUACGUGAUUACUCUGCAUGGUGGACGGGUAAAACCAGCGGUCAGCAGUUGACUGCGGAGUUUACCUGUCUAUUGAUACGGACAUGUGCAUGUGCAGCAUUGUUCCUCGAUCCUGGAUUAAAGCAGAAGCUCGAAAUGGAGUUGGGAGAAAGUGUUGAGAGCCUUUCUGAGCGAUACCAUCAUGCGGCCAAACAACUGAGCAGCACUAUUCCCCCAGGGAAAGGGGGACUAACACAGGUUCAGCAACUAUUUCUCACAGCAGCCUGGUAUAAGGCUGAAGCCAUGUUUGUUGAAUCUUGGCAUGUCUUGAGCUCCGCCAUCCACGAGGCCCAAGAGUUGGGCAUGCAUAAGAGCCUUUCCAAGGUAGGACUUCCAGAAUUUGACCUGGAAAUGAGGCGACGUAUGUGGUGUAUCCUGUAUAGUUGGGACUGGCAAAUGUCCCUCAUGCUAUCCCGCCCCUUUAUCAUUAACAGCAAUUACUGCUCCUUUGAAAUGCCCAAUGUGAGGUUGGAAAGCGACCAUAUUGAAGCAGACGUGCCUUCGGCUAUAGUCCACAUCGCACUCCAGUGCCAACUCGGCCAGGCCUUAUCCAAGAUACCAGGGGUAAUGGGUGGAACAAUGACUCCCGCAAUCGCCAUCACUGUUCAACAAGAGACCGAGAAAUGGCUUGCUUCAUUUCCGCCUGCUUAUAGGCUUGUCAAUCCUGACAUGCAAUGGGACCAUGAUUACAAAUACGUGGAGGUGCAACGCAAACAGCUGCAUACUAUUGCCUAUCUGGUCAUGCUUAUGCCAUUGAAACAAUGUCUCACAAGAGACGUACAUCAAGACACCUCCUCUAUCGAGAAGAGUCUCCAGCCCACUGCCAUUGACAUUGCACUGAAAUUGGUCAAGGCAGCUCACCAACUCCUUGAUUGCAUGUUGCCCCUACAUGCGAAAUUUCAUUUUGCCCCGUUCGCAAUGUUCGACACAGCCGCCAGCCUAUGUUCAGCCAUCAUCCACGACCAUGGACGACGUCUCCCUCAGCGAGACGAGGUUAUUGAAGCAAUCAGUGUGACUCUGCGCACACUAGAACAGAUCACCCACGACACGAAAACCGCCGCAAUAUGCUACUCAGUGCUCUCAAAACUUGUCAACAGACUCUCCUUGACCCCAGAGGAGGAAUUGAUCCUGCGCUCCAAAUCAUCCGACAUCCCACGUACAGGGGUGAAGAAGCCUUCUGACUCUCAGUUGACUUUGGAUGCGGUCCCUAGCAUCGACUUUGGCAUUAAUAACAAUCUGCAGCCUUUAGACGCACACAGCCCUGAGAUGUAUGCUUCCACAAUGUCAGGUUAUUCCUCCCUGGAGCCACUGGCGCCUCCGUCCACGGACCUUCAAGAGCUUUUCAACAUGGAUCUUGGUGAAUUAGGCCAGAUUUGGGAUAUGGAGAAUCUCGGUCUUGAUUUUCCACUGGCCUAG